CAUAUACACUGCCUGGGCAGCUCUUCUGUUUCUGUUUAUAUAUGCACAUUCGUAAGGAUCUCCAGAUUUUAUAAACUAUUAAGAAUAUAACACGUGACAAGAGUUGUGGCGUAGUAAUGUAAUAUUUGUUUUGAACGAAGUUUGAGGGAGAGGAAUAAGAGCAUUAAGAGUGCGUAGUGACUUUGAGAAGAGCUGCAUGUUGGCAGUGAAGAUUGCGAGUGUGGCGAGGUCUGUCGCUGUGUCUCUGCCUCUGACCCGAGGCUUAGUGUUCUCUGGGGGGGUCGUGACCUUCUGAGCAGUGUUGACCUUGUUGAUGGCUGCAGUCAAAUCGUCCACACAGCUUGCCAGCGAACCUGAGUGAAGGACUUGCUUAUUUACAUACUGGCAACUCCUGAACCUUGCCGACCGCCAGCCAAGUUUUUUCCCAUUUCUCUGAAGAUCGGUGGCACGAAGGGCGUGGGCGGCGGGCGUGGGCAGGUAUGGGCGUAAAGAGAGAUGCCGCUGCCUUCCCCAUACCGUAACCCGGGCCGCUGGCGAGCCGUUGUAUUCCAGCAAGAGGUCAGACACGGCACUGCAGGUUGUCUGCUGUCUCUGGUGCUGCUGGCGCCGCUGUUGGUGCCGGAGUGGGGCGUAGGGCGGGUGUUGGCCGGGGUGCUGCUUUACAGCUGUCUGCUCGUUCCCGCCGUCACCAACUAUUUCUCCAUCUCCCGCCUGUUGCUUCGUCUUGCCCGGGCUCUCAUCCAUGGCUGGAAUAAGGGUGGGCGUGGGAACGACGGUCUGCCUGGCUACUCCUGGCUCCUCCUGCUGGUCCUGGCGCCCUACUUCCUCUACGUGCUGAGAACGCGACCCAUCUUGGUGAUUGCAGCAGCCGUCCUCUACGGCGGCGUCAUCCUACCCAUGGCUCUCCACUCCCAGCUACCCGAGGGCUCCCUCCUCUGGCUCCCAAGGGCGGUGGUGGCUCUAUUAUUCACGCGGUCUGCCCUACACACCGGGCUGGCGGCGUCCCUGGGAUAUGUGGUGUCAUGGGCUGCCCACUGGAUGCAAAAUACCUUUAGGCAGUUCCUCUACUGCCUGCUGAAUGCCCUGGCGUUACCCUUCAUCAUCCUCUACUGCGUUCUUCGCCUCUUGCACCGCGUCUAUCUCACCUUCGACGGCUUCAGGACAACCAGUAACCAGGUUGUGUUCUUCCUGCUCUUGCAGCAGCUGGUGACGCCCCUCGCCCACUUGACGGCUCUCUACUUCCUCCUGUUCUACACCGUCCUUCACUACCUCCACAAAGCCCUUUUCACUCGCCGUUGGUCAGGAGCCCUGCACGCUACAGAGGUCCGGGACCUGAUCCGGCUCACAGCCUGGUAUAUGGUGGUCAGGCUGGGCAAGGGCGUCGCCAUGUCCUUCGUCCUCGUCAUGUUCACCCUUCAGUUCAACCACGUCGAGGCUGACCUGGUGUACAUCGUCACCACCUUCCUCUACUUCGUCGUCACCCAGCGCAAGUGGACAGGCAACGAACGUAUUGUGAUGUGGAUUCGUACUCUUGAAAUGGAGUUCCUGGAGGAGGAAGAGGAAUUCUGGGUUCCCAUGCUCCUCCGGGGAGUCCCUGUGGCGGCGUCGGUGUGUGUGGCGGCGCCCCUGACCGUAUCCUGCCCCGGGCUGGUUUUAGUGGCUGUCUACACCAACCUACUGGUGCCGGGGCUGCUCCUGAGGGCGGAGUACUUAGCUCAUGAGGCUAGGGAUGGCGUCGUUACCUCCAAGUGCAGGAGGGCUACUGCUGAAGAGAUAGCUCACAACUCGACGUGUCCUGUGUGCCUGGAGGAGGUUCGCCAAGGGCGCGUCACCCCGUGUCGCCACCUCUACCACGCCGCCUGCCUCAGGAGAUGCCUAGCGCUCUCCCCGCUCUGCCCCCUGUGUAAACAAACUAUUUAAACCAAUAUCAACAUCUUUGUAAACAAUCCAAGAUUUGCCAGGGGGGAAAUUCUCGUAUUCGGCAAUUGUUCAAAAGUUGUUUUAUAAUAUUAAACGUCAGAGGGAUAUCUAAAGGGAUUUUCAGUUACUUAAAGCAACUUGUUUCUGUAAUCUGUAAUUAAUAUUUAUCUGUUUUAACAUCUCAGAAAUAUCCCAAAACAGAUUAUUGUACCAAAUUAUGGUACAAUAAUUAGCCAAUCAGGUAAGGUAAUUAACAAGAGAAAGCAUUAAGCCAAUAUGACUACAUAACACAUGGACUGUGGACAAGGAGUAAUAUUAUGAUGAUGGAGUGAAGAAACAGUGCCCAACCACUCAGUUGGACCAGGAAAGGGAUAGGGAGAGAGGGGAUCGAACGCAAACCCUCCAAGAAGUGAAGCCGUCGUUUUACUCCCAAGUUCAAUUGGAGGAGCUGUUAAGACACUGAGAAAAGCACAGACAGAACAUUGCUUUUCAAAUAUUUGAUAAACAAUAAAGUGGUUGAUCUGUUUU